CACCCCACCCCUCCCAUCUCUCUAUGUCUGAAAACCACAGCCUGCAGUGAUGUUCUUCCUUAUUUUACUACUAACCUCCCCACACCCUCGUCUAUAUUUCCUGUGUUAGGGCAGGUACAGUAAACAAACUGAUAAACCUUUUAUUGAUUCUGGAUAAGGACCACACCAGCCUGAAGGAGUUGGAUGCUAGUUCCAACACCCAAUUGGUAAAAUACAGACCUUUUUGGGACACGUUUUACUUCAGAUGACGGAAGUUGGAGGAAGUUACCAGAGCCAGCAUAGACCCAUAAAGUGGUAACAUUUAAGACAAAAUGUGUUCCUUGUGGUUGAUGGCUUUACUCCUUCUACAUCUAUGUGCCUUCUCUGUCCUUGGAUACAAGCUGCCAUUUCAGGAUAAUUCAGAUUUCACAUCAUUCGUUGACACAUCCAUGCCAGAACCAGGCACUUCACUUUUCCACAAGGCCAUUAACUUCAAAUUAACUGCUCAAUAUCAUUUGAAACAAAAAUCACCCAAACUCUCCAGAAUAAAACGUGACGACUCAACAGAGGCCGACCUACUCGAUUUAACAACUGUAGCUGAUUUUUCAAAAGAAACAUUAUCUGAUGUCACACAAAAUACUGUACAGGCAACAUCCUUUACAGUCUCUACACCAAUUAGUACAGAUCACACAACAACAAUUUUGAGUGAAGAUGAAACUUCUUUUACUUCUGUCAGUCCAGAUAAAUCAUUGACAGAAGUCAACAAUAGACCACACACCGAUAGGUCCUCAAGUCCCACCCAAUAUAUAAAUGAAACCACAGGUCCUAGCCAUACAACUGUCAUGUCCAGCCCAAAGAAUACCACAGUAUUUAUGGUAGAAGAUGACACAUCAACUCAACUUUCAGAGAUUUCCAGUAAUCCAUCAGUUAUUUCCACAGUGGUCAGGAAAUAUUCAUCAACUGAGCCUGAUGAUAUAAGUACUAUGUUGCCAACUUCCUCCACCUCAUCUACAGGUUCCAGUCAGGUGACGCACAUGACUUAUUUUACAGAACAUGGAGCACCAUUCCAUUCCCUCAUGAAGCAGUGCAUGCUGGUUAUACUUAUUCUGGCCAUCGUCUGCACCAUCUUCAUCAUUUCUACGAUUGCACUUGCAGCUAAACUCUCCACAAUGAGGCACCAGCAGAAAAAGCGUCAGGAAAAUCACACAGAGAUGAUGUGCAUCUCAUCUCUUCUGCCAGAAAGUGAUCAGCAGAGCAAAGUCAAACUGAAGAAGAUGAAAACAUUUGCUGCCAACAUAGAAGAGAGUGAUGGCGAUAACACAACUCUAAAUAGCUUUCUUCCUGAUCACUAAGGGCUGAUAUCUACAAGGAACCUUCAAUCCAUAUGGACAUAAAGUUACCCAAUGGCAGGGCUAUGUUUACAGUUGGACAGUUUGCUUGUUUUGAGAGCUUAAAUAUUUUUUUAAACAAUUUUAAAAUGAGCUCAUAAAACACACUUGAAAAUUUGAGAUGUCUUGUUACUUCUUUUUGUAUUAUAAGCAAGACAAGUGAGUUCAAAUAAAUAUUUUUAGAUAAAUGAUAUAUAGAGCAAAGGAGAAUUGUUAUGUACAGACAGAAAUGUAAUACUUGGUAGGAACCAAGUAAAAGAAAUCAAAUAUUAAAAUAUAGCAAUACUCAGUUUUAUAGAACAGGACUAUUUUGAAAUGAAAGUAGAGAAACCAUUAAGCUAUUGUUUGCACUAAUGGUAGAUGUAUGAAGAUACCUCUGGAAAUGCAGGUUCUCUCAGGUAUUAAGGUUAAUGAUUCUUUGUAUUUUUUAUUUUGUUGUAGACAAAUGUAAAAAGCUUUGCUUCAAAAAAUCUGAAAGCAUUUUGUAAAUAAUAAUAUUGUUUUGUAUGUUUAAAAAUAAACUGUAUCAACACA